AUGGUCAAACUCAAGACUUUGCUGACGGCCGUGUUCCUGGCUACUGGAGGAUUCCUCUUCGGCUAUGACAGUGGUAUCAUCACAUCGACCAUCGGCCAAACCGAAUUCAUCAAGUAUUUCUCUGACCCCAGCGACACCGUGACCGGUGGCAUCGUGUCUGCAUUCCAAGGCGGCGCCAUCCUGGGCACAAUCAUCAACAUCUUCACUGGUGAUCGACUGGGCCGCAAGUGGUCUGUCUUUACUGGCUCUGUCAUAUCGACCUUUGGGUGUGCUUUGCAGGCUGGUGCUAUCAAUUUGCCCAUGCUGAUUAUUGGCCGCUUCAUUGCUGGUGUUGCGGUUGGCAUGCUUACUUCUGUCAUCCCAAUGUAUGCUGGUGAGAUCGCCGAGGCUUCAUCUCGUGGUAUGAUGUCUGGUCUGCUGCAGUGGAUGUUAAGUUGGGGAUUCCUUGUUGCUCAGUGGCUGGGCUAUGGAUGUUCAUUCAAUCAGACUGCCUUCCAGUGGCGAUUCCCUCUCGCUUUCCAAUGUGUACCCGGCAUCGCCCUCGUCAGCGGAAUCCUCUUCUUGAACGAAUCCCCGCGUUGGCUGAUGGAAAAGGAUCGCCACGAGGAAGCCCUCGUUGCACUCCAGAACCUACACGGUGACGGCACAGCAGAAACAGCACAGUACAUCGAACUCGAGUUACAGGAAAUCCGGGAGACUAUCCAGGCCGAGCGCAUGCAUACGAAGAUCUCCUUGACCUCAAUCCUGCGCAAGCCUUCUUGGCGCCGCCGUCUCAUCCUCGGCUGUGGCGUGCAGUCCUUUGGUGUCCUGUCCGGAAUCAACGUCAUCAACUACUACGGAACUCGCAUCUAUGACACCCUCGGAUUCGACACGCAAAUGUCUCUUAUGAUCAUCGGAAUCUCUGGCGCCCUGUCCAUCGUCUACUGCACUGGAGGUCUAUGGGCACUGGAGCGCGUGGGCCGUAUCAAGCCCCUCAUCUUCUCUGCUGCAGGAAUGGCUGGCGCACUAGUGUGCAAUGCUGCCAUGUCCCAACACUGGGACGAUAACAACUCGAACCAGCUCCGGGCAAUGGUAGCUAUGAAUUUCGUGUUCAGUUUCUUUUAUACCUUCGUUGGGAUCAUUUCUUGGGUCUAUCCCGCUGAGAUCUUCCCUGUCGAUAUCCGUAACCAGGGUAAUUCGAUUACCACCUUUACUAACUGGACUCUCAACCUUGUCCUCGCCCAGGCCUCGCCGACUGCUUUGUCUUCAAUUGGUUUCUCUUACUUCUAUGUCUUUUUUGUCUUCAACCUGAUUGCUAUGGUAUCCUACAUCUUCUUCUUCCCUGAGACACAGGGCAAGACUCUGGAGCAGAUGGAUUCGCUGUUUGGUGAUGAUUUACCUAUGGAUGUCGAAAAUGAGAAGAAGCAAAUCGAGGCGGUCAUGGUGGAGGAUACGAGCAAGUGA